AUGAGUAUACAUCUCGAAGGCGUCGGUGAUGGCCUCGACAAAAAGGCCGUCGUGCAGACCGAGGACAUUGCGUACACAAAGCUUGCGACUCGAAACCAGGAUGCUACCGACCUGAUCAGGAAGGCCCAGGAGGCCACCAACAAGGAGCACCACAUGUCACUGUGGAAGAGUCUCCGGCUGUAUCCUACGGCAGCACUCUUUUCUAUUAUCAUCUCGGCCACCAUUGUCAUGGAAGGCUUCCAGUUGAAUUUGAUGCAGGGCUUCUUCGCCAUGCCGGCUUUCCAGAGAAAAUACGGCGUGCGCCAGGCAGAUGGGUCCUACCAGUUGACGGCCUCCUGGCAAGCUGGACUUACCAAUGGCGCCGCAACAGGAGAGAUUCUGGGUCUGACCCUGAACGGGAUUGUCUGUGAGAGAUAUGGCUACCGCAAAACCUUGCUGGCCAGCCUCUUUGCCGUGACAUGCUUCAUCUUCCUGCCCUUCUUCGCACAAAACAUCCAAAUGCUGGAGGCUGGCGAGAUUCUCUUGGGCAUCCCCUGGGGAAUAUUUCAGACAACUUCAACAGUCUACGCGUCCGAGGUGUGUCCGGUGGCGUUGCGUGCCUAUCUGACAACAUAUGUGAAUCUCAUCCCGUUCUCGCUGCAAUGGACCUGGCCAAUACCUUUGGCCAUUGGCGUCUUCCUCGCGCCAGAGUCGCCCUGGUGGCUUGUGCGAAAAGGGCGGAACGAGGACGCGAAAAAGGCCUUGUUGCGAUUGACCAGCAGACAUGACCACGAUUUUAAUCCUGAAGAGACCAUUGCCAUGAUGGUGUACACCAAUGAGAUCGAGAAGGAAACCGAAGUCGGCACCACCUACUGGGACUGUUUCAGGGGCGUGAACCUUCGCCGCACCGAGAUUACUUGCGUCGUCUUUGCCAUCCAGAAUCUCUCGGGCGCGGCCUUCAUGAACUACUCGACGUAUUUCAUGCAGCAGGCUGGCCUGAGCACGACGGCCGCCUUUAACCUGGCCAUGGUUCAAUACUCCCUUGGAGCGAUCGGGACAAUUCUCUCUUGGGGCCUCAUGCUUUACUUCGGCCGCCGCACGCUAUAUAUUGCCGGACUCUCGCUGCAGUGUCUUUUCAUGAUGAUCAUCGGUUUCAUCUCCCUCGCACCGUCUUCGAACGACAAGGCAAGCUGGGCGAUUGGAGGUAUGCUCUUGGCGUACACGUUCUUCUACGACCUGGCCGUGGGCUCUGUCUGUUACUCCCUGGUGGCAGAGAUGCCAGCCAACCGACUCCGGACCAAGACUGUCGUGCUAGCGAGAAACACCUACAACUUGAUUGGCCUGGUCAACAACGUCAUCAUCCCAUACAUGAUCAAUCCAUCGGCGUGGAAUUGGAGAGGUAAGGCAGGCUUCUUCUGGGGAGGACUCUGCUUCCUCUGUGCCACGUAUUGCUACUUCCGUCUUCCCGAGCCAAAGGGCCGGACAUUCGCUGAGUUGGACGUUCUAUUCGACCAGAAGGUCUCCGCCAGGAAAUUCAAAUCGACCGUGGUGGACGCCUUCCACGAAGAGAGCUUAGCAAAGGUCGAUGCCAGCCGUGCUGACGAAACGAAGAAGCCCUCGGUCGAUGAGAACAAUCAAGUGUAG